GACUUAAGUUCAGUUUGCAAUUAAUAAGUCAUUGUUGCAGCCCCCGCUGCGGUGCCUCCCUCAACAACCAGCGGCACAAUGACAACAACUCUACCAAGGACGAUCAUGACUGUGACCAGUGUCACCACAGCUGCCACCACUAUGGGAUCUGCACUGAUCAACAUUCAGAUGAAAAUUAAUACUACAGGGCGUGUCCCCAAUGACCAAGACAUUCUGAGCGCAGUCAAAUCUCUCCCAAAUCCACUGCUUUCAACCAACAUGAUCACCUUGACUCAGCCUCAGAAUAUCCAGGAUAUCACUGUGGCAAAUACGUCCAACAAUUCCUUUGUCAUCAACUUCGGAUUCAAGGUCAACAAUGUGAACAUGUCAAAGGAUGCCCAGCUCAGAAAUGAGACUCAUGACCUGAUUCAGGACUGUGUCAAUAAAUUGCUAAACACGAUACUAACAGAUCAAUCAGCACCACCUGCGGUAUUUCCUCCAGCAAACUUCACGGAUACAGAAAACCAGAUAAUUGCUCGUGUUGACUACAACGUGCAGAAGGGAAAUACUGCUAGCCCAAGCCUUUUCCUUUCUGACAUCCUGAAACUCUCUGCCCCCGCUGCGGUGCCUCCCUCAACAACCAGCGGCACAAUGACAACAACUCUGCCUAGCCCAACUAACAGAAGGACAAUCACCACAGAUAAGACCAUUGUGGGAUCAGCACUCAUCUUCAUUAAGUUAGUUUUCAACAUCAACAAUACAGCCCUCAGUCAGAGCGAGAUUCUCAGUUUAAUCAAUGAAUUCCUCUCACCAGAAUUGAAAUUUCCUUCUAAAAGUCUGACUGACCCUGUCAGCAUCCAGAAUGCAGUGUUUGAAAGUAUAUCCAGAAAUUCCUUUGCCAUCAAAUUCGAAUUCAAGAUACCUCAGGUGAACAUGUCAGGAAAUUACACACUCAGGAAUGACACUUAUGAUGAGAUCCAGACGUCUCUUGAUAAAUUGGUAAGAAUCCUGAUCAUUAUUUAGGGGAUUAUGGUUAUUCCUGUGUUUCCUUGUUUAUGGGCUAUGGAUGCAUUGCUUUCUCCUUUAUAAUGAGUGUAUGACCUUGCUAUUGUGGGAUGCUAUUUAUACAGUUAAAGUGGCCAAAUGCAGAUACAUCU